AUGAAGUUCGUUUCUAUUGCUAUCUCUCUUUUGGCAGGUUCUCUCUGCGUUAAAGCUGAAACCGUUCAAGCCAUUUCUCAAAUCGGUGAUGGUCAAAUUCAAGCUACUACUGCUACCACCUCUGCCGUUACAACCGUCCAAGCCAUUUCUCAGAUCAGUGAUGGUCAAAUCCAAGCUACUACUGCUACCACUUCUGUCAUCGCAACUGCCCAAGCUACCACUGCCACCAUCUCAACCGUUGAAACUGUCCAAGCCGUUUCCCAAAUCAGUGACGGUCAAAUCCAGGCCACUACUGCUAGCGUUCGUACCGUUUCUACUUUGAUCGGAUCCGGUUACAGUGACCUCAGUUCUACUAAAUCCGUUUCCGGCUCUUUGAGUGGAUCUUUGACUACCAUUACCACCACUAACGCUAAUGGUGUUGCCGUCACUAUUAUUGCCACUGGCGCUCUCACCUCUAAUAGUGGAGUCUCUUAUGCUACCGCUAGAAGCACUGCUGAAACUAUUGUGACCACCAGUGAUGGUGUGGUGAUCACCGAAAUUGUGAGUGGUGCUCAGAACUUACAAACUUCUAUUACUGGCACUGUAAUUUUUGGGGCUAUCUUUGCUGCUUAUGUAGUAUUGAAUACUUUGAUUUACUAA